GUCCCGUGACCUCCAGUGGCCCAACUCUGGUCUUUGUUACCCUCUAAGGUGGAGACCUAUCUCCUCUGUCUCUACCAUCCCCACCCCCAUCCCACAAAGGACGGUGUCUCGCAGAAGCCCUAGGUGGCCUUGCCUCCUGACCUAAGUGCUGGAGAUACCCAUGUUUCUAGGGAGGCGUUUCCCUGCGAUUUGCAGCCCAGGAGCUCCUGGGUGGCUGGGUGGGAGGUAGGGGAGGAAGACGUCAGCUAGAGGCCCAGAGAAGAGGAUGUAACUUUUAGUCGCCUAUAUCUAAAUUAGGAAUAUGAGUCUAUUCCCACCAAAAAACCCCUUGGGAUUGCAGCAGAUGAGAUGAUAUUCUGACACAUCCUCCAAACCCACUUCCAUCUCCUGGCCUCCCUGGCUCUGUCUCCAGCACUCCCAUCCUCCUGAUCACGAAAGUCACAAACCACAGACACUCAGGUCUUGUCCUUCACACUUGAUGUACGCAUGCACGGGCUCACCAGUCCCGGGUAGUUCUGCCUCUGCAGACACUAGCAUGACCCUGACAGUGAGUGCCUCACUUGCCUCACCUUAGUCCUGGCCCUGCCACAGCCUCAGUUCCAUCUGUCCCAUUAACGAUCGCGCUGACAUAUUUAUAUAGCUCUGUUGUUCGAGCCAGGGCUGGGCUACUCCCCAGCUUCCUACUUCCCUGGGAAGUGCUCUCUCCUCCUAUUAGGGUCAGCACUCCAGCUUGUGUUCCAGGUUCUCAGCUUGGCUCUGAGAGGGUCCUGCAGACAAGGCCAGGAAGUGCUCGUGGUGGCUCACAUGGAGGCAGACACAGCUGAGCCGUGGACCUCCGAGAAGGGAGGAUUUGAAAAGGAGAAAUCUUCAGGCUUGGGAGCCAGAGAGGAGGAAGUUGUCACAGAUAUAUAGAGCCAGGCACGGCAGCUCCUGACACAUGCAUCAUGACGACGAGACGGAACUGGACACCAGACUCCAGCCCUUUGUGGGCCCGGCUCCUGUGUGUCCACAUCGUCUCCUGCCUGGUCAGAGCUACACCUCUACCUCAGGCCACCACAGCUACCACUGUCUCAGCUGCGAUCACGAAGGACCCCUACCCCUCUUCGCCCUCAACGCUCCUAACAGCUAAGCGGUGUCCAGCAUUGGAGGUGACCUUGCCAGAAGUGGAAGUCCCACUGAAUGGAACGCUGACCUUGUCCUGUACUGCCUGCAGCCGCUUCCAUCACUUCAGCAUCCUCUACUGGCUGGGCAAUGGUUCCUUCAUUGAGCACCUCCCAGGCCGGCUGCGGGAGGGCAGCAUGAGCCGGGAGCACAGGGGCAGAAGCACCCAGCUGUGGAGAGCCUUGGUGCUGGAGGAGCUGAGUCCCGCCCUGCGCAGCACCAGCUUCUCCUGUGUUUUCACGGAUCCUGAGCAAACUGUCCAGCGUCACGUUGUCCUGGCCCAGCUCUGGGCUGGGCUGAGGACAGUCAUGUCCCCGACUCAAGAAGCCCCACCUUCCAGCGGGUCCCCUCUUCCUCACCAUCCUGACAGGUGAACUCUGAAGCCUGGUUGAAACGCCACCUCUUCAUCAAGGUCUACGCUCUCAGGCUGUGUUCUGCAUCGACUUAAUGUUGUGUUUGCGUUCUCUUGUUUUCCUCUAAUGGACUGUCCCAGGGAAGGGAUGCAGGCAGAGGCUGACUUCUGAUCCACGGCUGUAUCACUGUCAUACCCAGCAAGGCCCACAAUGGGCACUCAUAAAUGAUAUUUCAAUGGAG